UGGUGUCCCACGUAUGUCUGAGCCAGGAACGACAGAAGCGGAUGUGGGCAAUGUUCAGCUGCUGGGGCACGAAUGGUGAGCCAUGGACAGUGGGAAUUGGAGCCAGGUAACAGAGUUCAUCAUCUUGGGCUUUCCCCAUCUCCAGGGUAUCCAGACUUACCUUUUUGUCUUGUUACUUCUAAUUUAUCUCACCACGGUACUGGGAAACCUGCUGGUAUUCCUAGUGGUCCGCCUGGACUCCCGACUCCACACACCCAUGUACCACUUUGUCAGCAUUCUCUCCCUACUGGAGCUUGGCUACACAGCAGCCACCAUCCCCAAGAUGCUAUCGAACCUGCUCAAGGAGGAGAAGACCAUUUCUUUCUCCGGAUGCCUCCUGCAAAUCUAUUUCUUUCACUCUCUUGGGGCUACUGAGUGCUACCUCCUGACAGCUAUGGCUUAUGACAGGUAUUUAGCCAUCUGCCAGCCCCUCCACUACUCCACCCGCAUGACCCCAGCACUCUGCGCCAAAGUCACUGUUGGCUGUUGGUUGGGGGGCCUGGCUGGGCCGGUGGCUGAAAUUUCCUUGGUGUCCCGCCUCCCUUUUUGUGGCCCCAAUCGCAUUCAGCACAUCUUCUGUGAUUUCCCUCCUGUGCUGAGCUUGGCUUGUACUGACACAUCUAUUAACGUCCUAGUGGACUUUGUCAUCAACUCCUGCAAGAUCCUGGCCACCUUCCUAUUGAUCCUCAGCUCCUAUGUCCAGAUCAUCCGCACGGUGCUCAGGAUUCCUUCAGCUGCAGGCAAGAAGAAGGCCUUCUCCACAUGUGCCUCCCACCUGACCGUGGUUCUCAUCUUCUAUGGGAGCAUCCUCUUUAUGUAUGUGCGGCUGAAGAAGAGCUACUCACUGGACUAUGACCGCGCCCUGGCUGUGAUCUACUCGGUGCUCACACCUUUCCUCAACCCCUUCAUCUAUAGCUUGCGCAACAAGGAUAUUAAGGAGGCUGUGAAGAGGCAGUUGAGGAGAUCAGGGAUACUUAUUGAAGUGAAGGUGGGGAAGGCAGGCCAAGGAGGGGGAUGAGGUAUGGGGACUCUGGGGAUCAUCAAUCACCACAGAUGAGAAAUCAAGCAUUGAGUGCUUUUCUACAUGGGAUACAGAACUGGAGUAAGUGUUUCCUGGAUCUCGGUGUCUAUGUAACCACCAUACUGGAGCCACACGUGGCCAGAGACCAGAGACUGGAAUAUGGUUUUCAAAUCUCGGAUGCUUGUAUGCCAUACGUAGGAAUUUUGUCACAUCUGGGCCUUACCUACUAUACAUAUGUAUACAGUAAAUUUGAUAUAUAUUUAAUGUAAAUACAUUUAGUCAUAUUCUAAACAAUAAUAUUGAGAUAAAUUUUAGAACAAAAAAUAACUGCUUUUUUUCAUGUACCAUUUACAAUCAAAUGGUAUUUCAUGUAUACCAAUUUUUUGUGUAUUGAAAUGGAAAAUACCAGUGUAGUAGAGGAAAGCAUGUUUUUGACUAUAUACAUGUGGGUUUAAAUCCUAGUUCAUUCAGUUACUAAUUGAUUAUAUGAUCUUUAUCGAGUAACUCAAACCCUCUGAGUCUUAAUUUACCCAUGUGUUAAAAAUAUUUUUUGAAGGUUGCUUUGUGAAUUAGUGAUAAGGUCUGUACACACAGACAAAGUGUCUGGCAUAAAACUGAUAGCAAAAUA